AUGGCUUUACCGUCUUACACUAUGUCCUCUCAUGAACUUCCGAAGAAGACGUGUCGUCACUUGGAUGGUUUGUUGAGGAGAUUCUGGUGGAUUAGAAGUUCAGAUAAAGACAGAUUCCUUUGCCUUAAAGCAUGGGACUCCCUAUGUCAACCUAAAUCUAAUGGUGGUUUGGGUUUCAUGCGUUUUGAGGAUGCUAAUAGGGCUUGGUUAAUUGCCGCCAACGUGCAACGACCUUGGGUGGGGAUUUUAUUAAGAAAGUAUCGCAGAAACAAAUCUUUUAGGGAGGUCACUGCUUCGGCCUCUAGUUCUAUAAUUUGGAAAUCUAUCAUUCAUGGUAGAAGUUUGAUGAUUAAAGGUUGCUUAUUCCAAAUUGGGAGCGGCUCUACCAUAUCCAUUUGGAACCAACCUUGGGUCGAAGGUCUUCAAUGUUGCAUUCUUUCUCUCCACCCCCACCCUUUGCUUAUUGAAAGAGAAGCUGUGGCUACCAAAUGGGUUAAUGAUCUUAUUGUCCCAGGAACAAGAUCGUGGAAUCUAUCCUAG